AUGGCACAUAUAAACCAACCCACCGUCUCCUUCUUCCGCAAAGCGCGCGACGACCUCGUGACCCUCCUAGAGCAGCAAUCAGCCUUCCUCCGGCGCGACAUCAACAGCCGGGCCUACGUGAUCCCGAACCUCCGGCUACAGCUGAUCCAGCACCUCGACAUCGUCGCCUCACUCUCGAUCAAGAUGGCCGUCGACAGCCGCCACCACCCCUACGUCCUAGUCCACCAGAGCGGCUUCUACGAGACCGUUGUUCCUAUGCAUUGCGCCGCGCUGAAGGGCCAGUGUGCCCAUCUUGCGGAUCGACUACGCGAUAACCUUUGCACUGACGUCCCUGUUGCUGUGGCGAGAUUGAUUGAUCGGAUUGGGGCUAACUUGUGUUUUUAG